UAAGAGCUUAACAUAAAAAGAAAAUAAAGGAAAAAAAAAUAGCAAAUAAAUUUUCCCUUUUGACAAUCCGAUGUUCUAAGGUUGUUCGUAACUUCGAUUUGUUGAACAUUAGCUCCAAUCUGAAUCUUGAUUAUCGUUUUUUCUUGAUACUGGGAUUCAUAGCUGAAAAUGGCAUCAAUGGUUGCUAAAGUUAAUUGUCAGGUGUCUUCUUCAGUUUCUAUACAAGAAAAGGGGAGUAGAAAUAAGAGGAAAUUUCGGGCUGAUCCGCCUUUAAGUGGUGACCCAAAUAAGAUUAUCUUGUCGCCUCAAAAUGAAUGCCCAAGUUAUGAAUUUUCAGCGGAGAAAUUCGACAUUGCCCCAGGUCAUGGACAAUUAAGUGCCUGUGAUCUGUGUUGUGUUAACCAAAAUCAUUCUGAUGGGUUGAAACUUGAUCUUGGAUUGUCUAGUGCUGCAGGUGCAACUGAAGUUGGGCCUAGCCGGCCUAGAGAAGAAUUAGAGGCAGAUGAAUUCCAAGAUGCUGAUUGGAGUGAUCUUACGGAAGCUGAGCUUGAAGAACUUGUUUUAAGCAAUUUAGACACCAUUUUCAAGAGUGCAAUAAAAAAAAUCAUUGCUUUUGGUUACACUGAAGAAGUUGCUACAAAGGCUAUCUUAAGGUCUGGCCUUUGUUAUGGGUGUAAAGACACAGUGUCAAAUAUAGUGGAUAAUGCUUUAGCAUUUCUUAGAAGUGGCCAAGAAAUUGAUCCUUCAAGGGAGCACUAUUUCGAGGAUUUACAGCAGCUGGGGAAGUAUGUAUUGGCAGAAUUGGUUUGUGUUCUUCGAGAGGUUAGGCCUUUCUUCAGCACAGGGGAUGCAAUGUGGUGCUUGUUGAUUUGUGAUAUGAAUGUUUCACAUGCUUGUGCAAUGGAUGGAGAUCCCUUGAGUAGUUUUGUGGGUGAUGGGGCCUCAAGUGGGAGCUCCUAUAAUUCCACCCAAAUUCAAUCUAAAACAGAAAUCAAAAGCUUGGAAUUGAAUCUUCCAAGUUCUUCUAAACAGUUUAAUUGUUCUCAUAGUACUCAAUCCGAAGCACCCACCAUGGCAGGAGUUCCCAACAUAAUGAAACCAAAGAAUUCCCUUGUUCUCAAUGGACUAGUAUCAGAGAAAGAGGGCACAACUACAACAUCUGAUACUAUUGAUAAAUCCUUUAAUGUUGCAGGAACGUCUCAAUCUCCUGCAGUGGAAGAAAAGUUUGGGGGAAGUAGAAAGGUCCAUUCUGGUACUACUAAGAGAGAAUACAUACUCCGACAAAAGUCACUUCAUGUGGAGAAACAUUACCGGACAUAUGGAUCUAAAGGGUCUUCAAGAGGAGGAAAGCUUAGUGCUUUUGGUGGUUUAAUCUUGGAUAAAAAAUUGAAAUCUGUAUCAGAAUCCGCUGCAGUUAAUCUCAAAAGUGCUUCCUUAAAGAUAAAUAAACCAGUGGUAGUUGAUGUGCCUCAAGUCAAUGGGAAUCAUAGUCUUUCAGUCAACUCUGGACUCCCUUCCUCUGCAGCUUCAAACCUGGAAAGUAUUAAUACCAUUUCAGCAUUGUCUAAGACCAACACUUCAACAACAGUAGCUGCAGUUAAUUCUCCACCUGCAUUACCUGCACCUAGUACACCACCUUCAUUAUCAGCUGCCGAUACUGAACUUUCUCUUUCACUUCCUACUAAGAGCAACUCUGCUUUGGUGCCCUCAAGCUGUAAUGCUGAGCCAUCUAAUUGUAGUUUUGCUGGCAUACCAUAUGAUAAAUCUCUGGGGCAGUGGGUACCCCGGGACAAGAAGGAUGAGUUAAUUUUGAAGUUGGUUCCGAGGGUUCGGGACCUGCAAAAUCAGCUCCAGGAGUGGACAGAGUGGGCAAAUCAGAAGGUUAUGCAGGCUGCUCGAAGGCUGAGUAAGGAAAAGGCUGAACUUAAAACUCUGAGACAAGAAAAAGAAGAAGUUGAACGGCUCAAGAAAGAGAAGCAGACUUUGGAAGAAAACACUAUGAAGAAGCUAUCUGAGAUGGAGAAUGCUUUGUGCAAGGCUAGUGGGCAGGUCGAGCGAGCUAAUUCUGCUGUCCGAAGGCUUGAGGUGGAGAAUGCUCAACUGAGGCAGGAGAUGGAAGCUGCUAAAUUACGUGCUGUAGAGUCAGCUGCAAGCUGUGAGGAGGUUUCCAAGAGAGAGAAGAAGACGCUGAUGAAAUUUCAGUCAUGGGAGAAGCAAAAAACCUUGUUCCAGGAAGAACUUAGUACAGAAAAACGCAAAGUAACACAGCUGCUACAGGAAUUAGAGCAAGACAAAUGUCUUGAAGAGCAACUUGAGGCUAAAUGGAAACAGGAGGAAAAAGGGAAGGAAGAACUACUUGUGCAGGCCAAUUCCAUAAGAAAAGAAAGAGAACAAAUUGAGGCUUCAACAAAAUCAAAAGAGGAUAUGAUUAAAUCCAAAGCGGAAAAAAAUCUGCAGAAAUACAAAGAUGACAUUGAGAAGCUUGAAAAAGAAAUCUCCCAAUUGAGACUGAAGACUGAUUCUUCCAAAAUUGCUGCACUCAAGAGGGGCAUUGAUGGAAGCUAUGCCAGCAGACUUACAGACAUCAGAAAUGGCCUAGAUCACCAGAAUUCCUGGGCCCCUUAUAUCUCAGAUGUGGUGAGAGAUUUUCAGGACUACUCUGAGUUAGGUGGUGUGAAACGGGAACGGGAGUGUGUGAUGUGCCUUUCAGAGGAGAUGUCUGUGGUUUUUCUCCCAUGUGCUCACCAGGUGGUCUGUACAACAUGCAAUGAGCUCCAUGAGAAACAGGGCAUGAAGGAUUGCCCUUCUUGUAGGAGCCCCAUACAGCGGCGAGUCUCGGUUCGAUAUGCUCGUUCUUAAUUGUUUUCAGGGUGGUUGAGUUGAGUGUUCUGAAUAAUGAUUGCGGGACUCCUCCAAAAUGAAUAAUGCAUUUGAUUGGCCCCUUUUAUAGUUGAAAAACUCAAAUUGCCUUAUUUUUGCAAGGUUGAUAAUAGUAUGCUUUCCCACCUUCUUCCA